CGAGAGCCCGUCACGAUCGCGUCAGGACGACCGGAAAUGACGUAAAACACGGAAACGGAAAUGAAUUUCACAAACAAGAAGAAGCGACAUUCGCCUGUUAUCCAACCUCUUUGACGCCAUCCGCUUCAGUCAUGCCACAGUUGAGUCGUCAGGGCUCUCGCAGUCCCCGGCACUUUCGAACCCGUUCUCGCUCCCGCAGCCGAGAGAGGAGUGUAUCUCCGGACAGCUUCGGACCCAAGCUACCGAGGCCACGAGACAGGGACCGUGAGCGACAGGAACGGGAGCAUCGGCUUAGGGAGGCGAAGACCCUCAAGCGGAUCCGAAUCGGAAGCCCCCGUCGCAGUCGAUCCCGAUCCCGCGAAAGGUACAGUGGCAGCGGCCCAAAUCACAACCGCUGGUCGGAGCAGAGGGAAGCUUCGUGGAGGCACGGCGGCCCCAGAGACGAUUUUUAUCAUGACCAGCAGAGAGACGAUGCCCAUAGACAGAGACAAGAAGAACUCAUGGCAAGGCGGCUGAAGGAGCGAGAGAGGAUCGGCGAGCAAGGUUGUCCUGAAGUAUGGGGGUAUUCGCCGAGAGUGAAAGAAGAGGACUCUGAUGAAUUCACACCUGUCGAAGAUGAUGGAAAAUAUAUCAGCUCGGCGUCAAAUUCUGAAGAUGAAAAGAGAAAGAAAAAGAAGAAGAAAUCCAAAAAGAAAAAGCACAAGAAGCAGUCGGACAGCGGCUUGGAGUCAGAUGCUGAUGAGGACAAAGGGAAGAAGAAGAACAAGAAAAAGAAGAGCAAAAAAUCCAAGAAGUCCAAGAAGAAGAAGGCAAGAAAGAGCCGACAGUCUUCAAGUGACUCCAGCAGUGGAGAGUCUGAGGAAGAGGAGGAAACUGGCGAGGUCAUGUGGGUUGAGAAAGGCUCUGCCGAAGACAAUCUGGUGGGACCUGAAGCGCCGCUCACGCUCCUGUCUCAGGAUGAGAAACCUUUAGAUUUUGGUCACGCCUUGCUGCCAGGUGAAGGCGCAGCCAUGGCGGAGUACGUUAAAGCCGGAAAGCGUAUUCCAAGAAGAGGAGAAAUUGGCCUGACGAGCAACGAGAUUGCAGACUUUGAGAAAUCGGGAUACGUGAUGAGCGGCAGCAGACAUCGCCGCAUGGAGGCUGUGCGUCUGCGAAAGGAAAACCAGAUUUACAGCGCCGACGAGAAGAGAGCGCUAGCCUCCUUCAAUCAGGAGGAACGGCGGAAAAGGGAGAGCAAGAUCCUGUCCAGUUUCAAAGAGAUGGUCUACAGGAAGACCAAAGGGAAAGAGGACAAGCCCUGAUAAUGAUUUUGAGAAUGACCUUUGGAAGCUGUUAUGUAAAUACUCUACUUUUUUGUAAGAUAGCUCAAUUAUUUGCUUUCGUUUAUUGUUUUCAUGUGGCGAAUCGGAGCUAAUAAAAGGUGUUUUUUCUUUGCAACAACUCUGUAACGCUGAAAUGCCUUGUAGUAUGACUCUGUAGAGAAAAUUACCGACAAAAUAUGACCCGCGCAUAAAAUGAAAAUGCAUAAUCGUAAAAGAAAAUCAGGCCUUUGUUGCCGCUCAAACCACACCCUCCUAAACAUUAAUCAAAUACUACUAGAACAACCUAAAAACUGCUGCUACUUUGCCUAGCAACUUUCUUAUGCCUACAGAUUCCUGUGUUUUUGAGCCAAAAAACUUAGCACAACAUCGCACGUAGUCAGAAUAUAUGUCCAUGAACAUACAGUAAGUGCUGUGAGGCACAUCAACUUGUCUUUCCUUGCCUAAAAGCGUUUUCCACCUGUAAACAAACGGAAAAAAAACUUGUUACACUUGCAUUUAGGUGAUGACAUAAUUGUACCAUGCUACACGUACUGAUUAGCAACAGGCUUGCAGCAGAUACCGUAGUUGUAGGAAAUAAUAUUAAAGAUC